AUGUUGGGUUCUACAACAAUAUCUUGUGCACUCUUUUUCUUUCUAUUCAUCAUCUUCAAAAUCCACCAUAGAAGAAAAUGUUGCAAAUAUCCCAUCUUUAGAGAUUAUCCUUUUCUAGGCAUGUUACCAACAAUCCUUUGGAACUUAUGGAAUAUUCAUGAUUUCAUAACCAAAGAAUUGAAAAAGCGCCAUAGAGGCACUGCUGAGUUCUUGGGACCAUGGUUUACCAACAUGAACUAUUUGAUCACUAGUGAUCCCAUCAACGUGCAUCACAUGAUGAGCAAGUGUUUUGACAACUAUGUUAAAGGUUCUGAGUUUCGUGAUAUUUUUGAAGCCUUUGGAGAUGGGAUAUUUGUCGCGGAUUCGGAGACAUGGAAAUAUAAUAGGUCUCUUUUUCACUCCGUUUUCAAACAAAGAGGCUUUGAGCUUUUUCAAGAGAAAAUCAUUCAAAACAAGGUGGAAAGAAGCUUGAUUCCUUUGUUGGAUCAUGUACAAGAACAAGAGUCGGUGGUGGAUUUACAAGACGUAUUCAAUCGUUUCACGUUUGAUAAUAUUUGUUCUGUAAUUCUUGGAUGUGAUCCUAAUUGUCUUUCCAUUGAGUUUCCUGAUGUUGCUUGUGAGAAGGCUUUUGACCAAAUUGAAGAAUGCAUAUUCUAUAGGCAUGCUACGCCAAAAACUUUUUGGAUGUUUCAAAAGCUUCUUCAAGUUGGUCAAGAGAAAAAAAUGACAAAAGCAUAUAAAGAGUUUGAUCAAUUUAUAUAUGCAAAUAUAGAGUCCAAAAGAGAGGAACUAAAAAGAGCUGGAAGAGAUACUAUCACUUCAGCACUUACAUGGCUCUUUUAUCUUAUUGCUACACAUCCUUUAGUAGAAGCCAAAAUUCUUGAAGAGAUUAAAGAAAACUUUGGGGCCAUUGAUAUUGGAAAAAAACUAGGAGUUAAUGAGGUGAAAAAACUAGUUUAUCUUCAUGGUGCUAUAUGUGAGGCUGUGAGACUUUAUCCUCCUAUACCUUUUGAGAGAAAGCAAGCAAUCAAAGAUGAUAUACUUCCAAGUGGUCACCUUGUUAAUUCGGGUACAAUUAUACUGUUUUCUUUGUAUUCGAUGGGGAGAUUUGAAGAGACAUGGGGAAAAGAUUGCUUGGAUUUCAAGCCAGAGAGAUGGAUAUCUGAGAGAGGAGGCAUUGUUUAUGAACCAUCUUAUAAGUUCUUUAGCUUUAAUGCUGGACCUAGGACUUGUUUGGGAAAAGACUUAUCGUUCAUUCAAAUUAAGAUGGUAGCAGUUGCUAUUUUGAGUAACUACAGUAUCCAAGUAGUGAAUGGUCAUAUUCCUAUACCAAAUCUUUCAAUUGUACUUCUUAUGAAGAAUGGUUUGAAGGUUAGGAUCAGAAAAAGAGAAAAUUGA